AUGAGAGAGAAUCCCUUCACACUUGUCACAGAUGGCUCAAAUGAUACUGUCCAAUGCCAAGUAAAACAGUUUGCUGAUAGUGUUGUAUUAAUUAUUGGAAUUCUUGUAUUUCAGAUAUCCGGUUUUGAUCCUGAACAUCUGGCAGUGGAUGUUGGGUAUUGGUUUAAGGGAAGCACCAAUCGUAAAGGUUACCUGGCAGGAGAAAAACUAAAUAUUGGCUUCACCACCAGAGCUACCCUCAACAGGCUGCUUGAGGCUGGAGACAUCACACCUCAAGAGGUGCAUCUAUUCCAGCAGGCAGCAUUUCUGGUCAGGGCUGUGGAGUAUUGGAUCAAAAAACUCUCCCUGAAGGAGGCCCUGCUGAAGCACGCUCAAUUCCUUGAUGUGCAGCAGAGGACGGAGUGUGGGGUGGAAGAUGCCCUAUACUUCGUAGACAGAUUUCAGGAACUACUUCCUUUCAGUGGGCCAGAGGAACAGGACAAGGACAAGUUCUUGGAAUAUCAACUCAUGGAUAUUCCCAUGCCACAAGAUCCCACCACCUUUAAUGUUGAGGAGUUUUGGGGGAGUAUGUCCUCAAUCAAGUGCAAAGUGUCCGGUUUGAGCCUGUUUGGGAGGCUUUCUAAAAUAGCUUCAUUGGUGUUAGUGCUCUCUCAUUCAAAUGGCGACGCUGAAAGGGUUUUUUCCAUAGUGGGAUUAAACAAGACCAAAACUAAGAACAGCUUAGCACUUGAUGGAACCCUGUCAUCCAUCAUGACAGACAACUUUAACAUGUUCACUCGUGGAUAA